AUGCCUCCUCUUAACAAGGCCGUUUCCACAUACCACUGCAUCCAGGCCAUGUACUGGAGGAAUUCCCGCGGUGAGCUUCUGGCUGUCGAGGGCAGCAACUCCAAGUCACUACCAGAGAUUUGGGCACAAUUAAAAGACAUUGUGUGCUCGACUGAAGGACUAUGGACUUCGCUCCGGCUCCCUUCUGGCAAGCAGAUCAAGACUCUUCACAUCACAGCCGAUAUCCCCGCUCUUCUUAACAUUCGCUCGAAUUUCCCUCCAUCUUUUCAGCACGAGGCAAUCAACACUCAGGUGUCCGAGAUUGAGCACGAUAAUGGCAAAUUCCUGGGCUUAUUGACCUCACGACCGAAGUCUGUCAAGGCCGAUGGUUUCACCAUCUGGGCAGAGCGCUUCGUCCUCCUAGAGACUGAGUUCCAGCCCUUCGCUCACAUCUCGGCAUCAUCUACACCAUGGGCAGCAAAGCACCGAGAGACAUGCGCCACCAUUGCCACCAUCUUCGAGCGCACGCUCAAGAACGUCUCCAAGGAUGACCAAUGGCACGUUUGUGGUAAAGACGUCUUCCUGAACCGCAUAUAUGGUUAUGUCGACAAAAACCUUCCCAUCCAGCUCGCCUUGCCUGCCUUCCCAUGCAAGUCGCCCAACCCAAACAAGGUUGGCGGUAUCAUGCCGGAUCUUGCAGAGCACAUCGCCAUGGACGUUCUCCAUGACUUCGUUAAGGAGGUCAACACAGUUUACGAGCCUGGUGCGACUAUGUGGGUCAUCAAUGAUGGCCACGUUUUCUCCGAUUGCAUCGGUGUUGACGAUGAGAUGAUUGACACGUAUGAUGCCUGUAUGGCUGCGAUCUACAAAGAGCGAUAUCCUGAGACUGUUGGUCCCGUUCAGACCAUCAAGUUCAAGGGGCUCAAGAACAUAUUCGCUGUCGACUCGGACGGCUUUCAAGGCCUGCAAAAACUGCUACUUAACUCGCACAAGAUGCCACAUGCAGUCAAGACUAAACUCACUGGUGAGGCUGAGCUAUGCAGAAAGCUCAUGCUAGGUAUUGGCGGACCGGAUCGCGCCUAUAUCCGCCAGCUGAUAACAGAGCAAGAGCCUGAUGCGCUUGGACUAUAUCGUGGUCAGACUCGCUUUAUGCUUGAGGAUCUUGCCGAUAUCCCUUCGGUCAAGUCUCUUAGCGGCAAGCAGAAGAAGAAGACUGCCGCUCUCGUUGCUGAGGAGAUGAUGUCCCGCAACCAAGCAUACUCCAACUUGACUGAGCUUCUCCUUCCCAAUUAUGUGCGUCUCUCCAUUCACGCCCAUAAUAACGCGGGCCCCAAAUUCGCUAUCCGUCUAUUGCCCGCAAACAUGGUCCGCGCCAUCGACUGCCUGGAGUCCCGUCUGGGGCCCAACUCGGUUUACGAGUUCCAGCUUCCAACGCCCUGGCACAACUGCAUGAUCAAGGUUGAGGGCGAUGAGUUCAUGUACUUGGGUCGCGCCCAGAUAGCAAGGAAAGCUUUGGAAAGCCCAGAAUACGAUGGCUCUUGGGUUGAUGGUCCUAAUGGCUCUUACUUCAGCCUAAAGCGCAAGUUGGCUUCUACAGCUAAUGCUAAUACACUUCCCAAGCUCCUC